ACAAACAAGACUUCGCUGAGAAACCGUGAAAACAUUGUCUUUAACCAGACUAAACGGCGUCAAUACAUCUGUCAAUCAAAGUUGUUGAUAGAGUCUGGUAAAAGGUCCAUGUUAUAACUUUUCUCGUAAAAGGUCGGUCCCCAUUAUUAAGGUAGUGGACGAAAUUUUCUGUGCUACUUGCACAGCAACCGGAAAUCAUUUUCUUAAAUUUAGUUUUAAUAGACAAGUAACCCAGCAAAAACUUCUUCUUAUUGAUCAAAAAACAUACUGAUCAAUGUGGUGCUUCAGUUGUACCUGAUUCAAGAUAAUAUGAUCACAGAAACCUUUUUUUGAUAUGGCAGAGGACACAAAAUAUGUAUUUGUGCUCACUGAGAAGUCAUCUGAAACACAAAUUCAGUUUUUCAUUAAAAAGCUAUCGGAGCUUGGCGUAUAUGCAUCGCUGGAUGAAACUGAUGACGAUAAAGUUGUCAUCGCAUCGGCUAACUAUGACGUUCUGUCGCAUAAAGCCGAGGAAAUUGGCCUGGAAAUAGCUGCAAAGUAUGGAUCUGAAUUAUUACCUAUGCCUUUUAAAAAAGAUCUGGCUGAAGACGGCUUUUAUCUCGAAAAAACUCAGAACUUGAUGUUUUCAAGUGCACAAAAGUGCUUGCUGUUGAGAUUAAUUGUUGAAGAAAUAUCAGUUCCCAUCAAAGCUCUUCCUGCGCUUGGUAUAGCUUUGCCGAAACGACUUACAAAUGUUGAAAACGUCAAAUUGCUUACAGCGUUGAAGCAUGCUGCGCCUUGUAUUGUCGAGGAGUAUUUUCCUUUGCAUGACUUGGAAGCCAAAAAUUCCCUGUGGAAGAAAAUUCGAGCCAAUCCAAUCCGUGUACCGAUUGCAGAUGUUAGAGAUUAUUUUGGAGAGGAAGUGGCUUUCUAUUUUGCGUGGAUGAAUUUCUUUAAUAUCACUUUGCUAGUGCCUGGUUUGGUUGGUCUGUUUCUCUACAUGAUCAGACCGAAAGGCGUUGACAUUGACCACGCCAAGUUUCUUCCAGUCUUCGCCGUUGUAGUCGUCUUGUGGGCUGUUCUUUUUCUCAUUUUCUGGCGCCGGAGGCAAGCGUCAUGGGCGUUUAAAUGGGAUACCAAUGAUUUUGAGCGCGUUGCUGAAACAAGGCCAGAGUUUUUUGGAGAAAUCCGAAACAGUCCCGUAACUGAUUUACCAGAAUUGUAUUAUCCACAAUGGAAGAAAUUCCUUAGAUACUGUGUAAGUUUCCUGGCGGCUACCCCAAUGUUGCUACUAGCAGUUAAAGCUAUGCUUUUAUCGCUCAAUUUGAAUGGAUACAUUAAAGAUCAUCACAGUAUUAUCUAUGUUAAAUCGCUCUGCCAGUAUGCAGAACCCGGUGCUAUUUUUGCACAGGAUAAUCCGUACUACGGUUGGAUGGUACCGACCUUGCUUCACUCUGUCAUCAUAUUGAUUCUGAACACUAUCUAUCGUAGCAUUGCAGUAUGGUGCACUGAUUUUGAGAACCACAAAACCGUAGCCGAAUGGAACAACUCUCUGGUCAUCAAACGGUUUCUGUUCGAGGCUUUCGACUGUUACUUGCCACUCUUCUAUAUCGCUUUCUACCGGCUAGAUAUAAAUUCUCUGAGAAGUGAAUUAGUGGGGUUGUUUUGGGGCGAUGAGUUGCGAAGACUUGCUCUCGAAGUCAUUGUUCCCUUAGCCAUGAGCUGGAACAAACGGCGAAAUGCGGAAAAGAAAUACAAAGAAGCUAAAAAAGAAGACAAAGAAAGUGAAACGAACUGGCAAAUAGUGAGAGAGUUGCAAGAAGACGAGUACGAGGCUUUUGAUGAUUACCUUGAAAUGGUGAUUCAGUUUGGCUACAUUACAUUGUUUGCGUCUUCAAUGCCUCUGUGCUCAAUAAUUUCUGUCGUGUUCAUUUUCAUAGAAACCAAAUCGGAUUGUUUCAAACUAAUGUUUGUAAACCGAAGACCUCCGUCGCGAAGAGCUGCUAACAUUGGAGUAUGGAUGCACCUAAUGCACUUCAUGACUAUUUCCGCGAUCGUAACAAAUGUUAUGCUAAUUGGCUUUUCAUCUGAACAACUUCAAGUUUGGUUCCCACAGUUUUAUGACUUUCACGAUAACGAUCAUUGGAUUUCCCUAGGCAGUGGACGUUACGUUGUGGGUCUUGUCUUUUGUAUGGAACAUCUUCUGCUGAUUUUGGCAGCACUGGCUAGCUGGUUCAUUGAACCAGAGUCAGACAAGUUGAAAUAUAGGAUUCUGAGAAAAGCAUACAAGCAGAACGAAUUUCAGCAAACUAAAGAGUGACAAAAAGUCAUGCGAAAUGAUUUGACUGAUUAGUCUUAACAACUGGGAAAAGCUUCAUACUUUUUUUUAGUUUCGGUUCAACAUGUGUUCUGUAAUCUUUUGAAUUUAAAUGCUGUAGUAGAAAAGAUGGUAAAUUAUUUUUUUAUACAUCAUUACAUAUCAAACCAUUUUUCAAGUACUUUCAAAUCAUAAUGUUAUUUACGUUAUCAUGCUGUGCUGAGGUGCUUUAAUAUUCUACAAACUCAGGCAAUAUAGUUCAAUUUUUUUAUUACUAACGAACAUAUUUUCAAGACAGGCACAUUCGUAUGUGUAAACCUAGUCAAAAGUUUG